AUGGCAGCCCUAAAUUGUAACAAAAGGAGGAGGAUAAUAUCAGAGCAAGAAGAUCAUGACUUAACAGAACCGGAUUGGUCAGGGCUUCAACCAGAACUAGUAGAGUUCAUUCUGUCCAAGCUCUCCAUCAUCAACAUGAUACGAUGUCAAGCCGUUUGCUCUGCCUGGUGCUUAGUUGUGAAAACCAUCUCUUCCUCCGGUUUCAGUCCAUGGCUCAUUGUUCGUGAUGACUAUGAUGCUGGCUCAUUCUGCUUCUUCAGCACUGCCGAGGAGGAUAAAAUUUUCAAGAUUAAGAAACAUGAAUCAGUCGGAAGACGUGAUCGGUGCAUUGGAUCGUCGAACGGAUGGCUUGUGCUUUGGGAUGAUAGAUGGGUUCCAUACCUUCUAAAUCCAUUCUCCCAAGUGAGAAUCCAACUACCAUCGUUUCCUUGGCUGCAGCAUGCACAUGUCCGGCAACACAGGGUAUCGCGCUAUUUUCUCUUCAGGAAAGUUAUCCUGCUGUCAAAUCCAUCUCAGGACAAAAAUAAUCAUGCAGUAGUAGUUAUAUAUUGGAAUAUGCAUAGCAGAGCCACAAAGCUUUGCUUUUGUAAGAAUGGAGAUCGAGAAUGGACUGACAUUGAUGGUAAUCUUGAAGUCUAUUCGGAUAUCGUAUGCCAUAAUGAUAUGCUUUAUGCAAUAGGAAAAGAUUGUUCAAUUGAAGCUUGGGAUUGCCGUGGUCCUCGUCCGAUUAAAAUAUUGAGCCUGAAACCUUUGUUGGAAUCUAGACAACAAACUGGGAUGGAGAAAUUUAUUGACGGUCGUUACCACAAGAUAAAGAACAAAUAUUACUUGGUGGAGUCAUCAGGCAAGCUUCUACUUGUUGUAAGGAACACUUACUACUUGCCAUACAGAAUGUUGUAUUUUGAUGUUUAUGAGUUGGAUUUCAAUGAAGAAAGAUGGGUGCUCGUGGAAUCGAUUGGUGAUCGGGUUCUGUUUCUGGGUAAAAAUCAUUCUAUGUCGAUGUCAGCUGCUAAGAGUUUUCCUGGAUGUGAAGGAGAUUCAAUUCAUUUCACAAGCGACUAUCGGACGAAUGGACAUUAUGAAGUUGGUGUUUUCAGUUUAGGACGUGAAACUGUUAAACCAUAUACAGUGAAGGUUAGAAGACCUCCAUUGUGGAUUACUCCAAACAUGUGGUGA